AACUUGACCAUAUUUAGCAGGCUGCUGGCGGAGGAAGCCCCGCACACUUCAUCUGUCAGCCCGGCGCCUCCAAACUCUCCUUUUCACGGAUACUUUGCACUCUUGACAGCUACAUUUAUUUCCCACCUGGACUUACAACCGGGCUACGAGCUCCCAGGACGACGCCGUUGAGGAAACAACUUUUGUAUAUUUUUGUUCGAGAAUUUUAAAGUAGCGAGCUAGCCGGCUAACGUUAGCUGAUGCUAACACGACAUAGUCUUUAUAAUAGCGGGGGAAAAUCACAUUAAAAGCUUCACUUCCGCUCGGCUCGGACGCGGCGUGAUGGCCUCCUGACAGCAGCUCUCGCCCGGACUGGACACUUUUUCACCCCCGCUUCCCUUUCGGAAGCCUCGCUAGCUCGCCGGCUAGUUUAGCUUCACCGAGAGGCGCCGCCUUCGCUUGCUGACUCGCCGGGUCAAGUGACGCCAGCUCGGGACACGUCGGCGUGUCAACAACACCCGCUUGGAGGGCAGGGGAGGGGAGGGAGGCCUGCGGGCUGACAGCGCCCGGGCGAGGCCACUCGACGUCGGGGGAGAGCCAAUCGAGGGAGACACCGGGCUGAAGGGAGGAGGAGGAGGACCGGACGUUUGGCGACUGUGAUCCGGGAAGUAAUCCGGGCUGCGACCUCAUGAAUGGAAAUCGGAACUACAGGAGCCGUUGGGGCCCAGUCCCUGUUCGCCAUGCCUCGGCGGCCUGGCUAUGGCACCAUGGGCAAGCCCAUCAAGCUGCUGGCCAAUUGCUUCCAGGUGGAGAUCCCCAAGAUGGAUGUCUACCUUUACGAGGUGGACAUCAAGCCUGACAAAUGCCCUCGACGAGUUAACAGAGAGGUGGUGGACUCCAUGGUGCAGCACUUUAAGGUGACCAUCUUUGGGGAUCGCAGGCCGGUCUACGAUGGCAAGAGGAGUCUGUACACAGCCAACCCUCUGCCUGUGGCACCUACAGGGGUGGACCUGGAUGUCACUCUGCCAGGUGAGGGGGGCAAAGACCGACCCUUCAAAGUUUCCAUCAAGUUCGUGUCCCUGGUCAGCUGGCACAUGCUCCACGAGGUGCUGACUGGCCGCAGCGUGGCCGAGCCCCUGGAACUAGACAAGCCCAUCAGCACCAACCCUGUGCAUGCUGUAGACGUGGUGCUGAGACACCUGCCAUCCAUGAAGUACACACCAGUUGGCCGCUCCUUCUUCUCAGCCCCAGAAGGCUACGAUCACCCCCUUGGUGGAGGAAGGGAGGUGUGGUUCGGCUUUCACCAAUCCGUGCGCCCCGCCAUGUGGAAGAUGAUGCUCAAUAUCGACGUGUCCGCCACCGCCUUCUACAAGGCGCAGCCCGUCAUCCAGUUCAUGUGUGAAGUGCUGGACAUCCACAACAUUGACGAGCAGCCCCGCCCUCUCACUGACUCGCACCGGGUCAAAUUCACCAAAGAAAUCAAAGGUAAACCAAACCCAACAACAACGGUUGUCCUCCAUGAAAAACACAUUUGCUGUCAAUGUUACCCACCUCCACCUGUCGCUGAGAAUCACCAUUGUGUUUCACCAGGUUUGAAAGUGGAGGUGACGCACUGUGGAACCAUGCGGAGGAAGUACCGCGUCUGCAACGUGACCCGCAGACCGGCCAGCCAUCAAACGUUCCCUCUCCAGUUGGAAAACGGUCAGACUGUUGAGCGUACCGUAGCCCAGUACUUCAGGGAGAAGUACAGCCUGCAGCUCAAGUACCCGCAUCUUCCCUGUCUGCAGGUGGGCCAGGAGCAGAAGCACACCUACCUCCCCCUAGAGGUGUGUAACAUUGUAGCCGGUCAGCGAUGUAUCAAGAAGCUGACCGAUAAUCAGACAUCCACCAUGAUCAAGGCCACAGCUCGUUCGGCACCCGACAGACAGGAAGAGAUCAGCAGGCUGGUGCGGAGUGCCAACUACGACGCCGACCCUUUCGUCCAAGAGUUCCAGUUCAAAGUGCGCGACGAGAUGGCCCACGUGACGGGGCGAGUGCUACCCGCCCCCAUGCUGCAAUACGGCGGCAGGAAUCGCACCGUGGCCACGCCAAGUCACGGCGUGUGGGACAUGAGGGGCAAGCAGUUCCACACCGGGGUGGAGAUCAAGAUGUGGGCCAUCGCCUGCUUCGCCACGCAGAGGCAGUGUCGAGAGGAGAUCCUCAAGGGUUUCACAGACCAGCUACGUAAGAUCUCCAAGGAUGCUGGCAUGCCCAUCCAGGGCCAGCCGUGCUUCUGUAAGUACGCCCAGGGAGCGGACAGCGUGGAACCCAUGUUCAGACACCUGAAGAACACCUACGCUGGACUGCAGCUCAUCAUCGUCAUCCUGCCGGGAAAAACACCCGUCUACGCGGAGGUGAAGCGCGUGGGCGACACUCUGCUGGGCAUGGCCACGCAAUGUGUUCAGGUGAAGAACGUGGUGAAGACGUCGCCUCAGACCCUCUCCAACCUCUGCCUCAAGAUCAACGUGAAGCUGGGAGGCAUCAACAACAUCCUGGUGCCUCACCAACGACCGUCAGUGUUUCAGCAGCCAGUCAUCUUCUUGGGAGCCGACGUUACACAUCCACCUGCUGGAGAUGGAAAGAAGCCCUCGAUUGCUGCAGUGGUUGGCAGCAUGGACGCCCACCCCAGCAGGUACUGUGCCACCGUGCGGGUCCAGAGGCCAAGGCAAGAGGUGAUCCAGGAUCUGGCCUCCAUGGUGCGUGAGCUGCUUAUCCAGUUCUACAAGUCCACACGUUACAAGCCCACCAGGAUCAUCUUCUACAGGGAUGGAGUGUCUGAAGGCCAGUUCAGACAGGUGCUGUAUUAUGAGCUGCUGGCCAUCCGUGAGGCCUGUAUCAGCCUGGAGAAGGAGUACCAGCCAGGCAUCACCUACAUUGUUGUGCAAAAACGCCACCACACACGCCUCUUCUGCGCCGACCGCAACGAGCGAGUUGGCCGCAGCGGAAACAUUCCUGCUGGUACGACCGUGGAUACAGACAUUACGCAUCCUUACGAGUUUGACUUUUACCUCUGCAGUCACGCUGGAAUACAGGGCACCAGUCGGCCGUCCCACUACCAUGUGCUGUGGGAUGACAAUUGUUUCACAGCCGACGAGUUCCAGCUGCUCACUUACCAGUUGUGCCACACCUACGUGCGCUGUACCCGCUCGGUGUCCAUCCCCGCGCCUGCCUACUACGCCCACUUGGUGGCCUUCCGCGCCCGCUACCACCUGGUGGACAAAGAACACGACAGCGCCGAGGGCAGCCAUGUGUCCGGUCAGAGUAACGGUCGAGACCCUCAGGCGCUGGCCAAAGCUGUUCAGAUUCACCACGACACCCUGAGGACCAUGUACUUCGCCUGAGCUGCAAGACCCUCCCUUGACCAUUUCCAUCCUCCACACACACACACACACACACACACACACACACACACACACACACACACACACACAAGGCCAUUCUAGGAUGGCUUGGCAAGUAACCCCCCGCCCCAUACACACACACACACACACAUGCCUAGUCAAUCCGGACCCGACACUGUGCAGAGGGAAGCAGGAAGGAGGCACCCCCACACUGGAUUGAGGAUGCAAACGCUGCUUUAACAAAAAAAGCAAAGAAAACUCAGCACUAAUAUGCAAUAUCAACCGGCCAACUAGUUUAUUUCCAUCCUAUUGGACUCCAGUUUCUUUCACCGCCAUUUUCUGCGUUUGUUCAUUUAAUCCCCGCCCCUAAAUAUUCCACCAAUCUGCUCCCUUACCAUCCACAGCACCUCAAGUCAGUUCAAGCAGCAGCACUUUUACAUUCUGUCAUUUUUUGUUUUGUUUGUUUCGCUUUUUGCGUCUGGUUUGUUUUUAAACGAGGGAGCAGUAUAGAAAGGGUCGACUCACAUUUUGAAGAUUAUGAUUUCAUGGCGUCACUCAUUCCUUUUUGUCCCAUCUUCUUUCGUCACUUUCCAGGUGUAAAAUAACCAGUUCUUUGAGCACACUGCCACCUGCUGGCUACGAGGUAUUGCGCCCUCCCUAAUGUUGGCAAGCCAGGGGAAAGAUGAUGCCUUGAAAGGGUGUAACGGACGAUAUCAGCUGUCACACUUUAUAUUGUCUGAUAUAUCAAUCACAGCCAUCUCUUUUUAAUUUAAAGUAUAACACUGUUUUGUUUUUUUAUCCGGGAUGUUGUUUUUCUGCUUUUGUUGUCAUGUGAAACUUUGAAGAUAUUCGUAUACGGACACAUUGUUACCUUUUUAAACGACCAUGCGCUAUAUUUUAGGCUUCGGAGGUGGAGCAAGAGAUCUUGUGGGCGUUCUCCACCUGUGCAAUAACGGGCUAAAGGAAAGGGAGAGAAAAUAAUACACAUUUCAUUCGGAAGUGAGUGGUCUUGUACGGAGUGAGCUUUGCAGACUGUUUGGCACUUUUUGUCGGAUUGAGCAGCGUGUGUGUGGUCUUUGUUUUUGCCCAGGCAGUCGGGCACAGGCGGUAAAACAAAUGUAGUUUUAAUGAUGUUCCAUAUUCUUGACUUGAAGGAUUGAUAUGCUCCUGUGUGGUGUGCGAGUACGUGCUUGUGGUGGUCAUGGUCGCUGCGCAUCAUUCUGGAACUCCUGAUCACGGGUUUGCCAAUGAGCGCUGAUUCCCUCUGAAUUCCUACAAGUUGUUUUGGACCUGCUUGCAUCAAAGGCCAUCAAGGGGGGGGAAAGGGAGUAUUUAAGUGCCUGGUGGAAUUUAAGCGUUUAACGGUGGGUUUUCACGCCGUGCCGAUUCGAGUCGGGUGAAAUAAUGAAAAGGCAUAUUCGAACCAGAGAGUUUCACCCAAUGCCUCUUAUUCUUCUCGACAAGCUGACUUUUCUACACAACUCAUGGGAAUCCUGACAUGGGAGUGUGUGUUUAUGGUGUUUGCCUCGUUCACCAGUGUUAGCUGUUAGCCUUGCUUGGACACAGCAGUCAAAAGCAAAGCUGGUCUGUUUUUUUUUUUUCUUUCUUGCUUAUCAGUAAUAAUCACAGCCUGAGUUGCUAACAUAGUCCUAGCAGGCCAGGGUCACAGUCUCGGGGUCGGUCCACGUAGCUGGCCCAAAAUAAACCGAGAUUGGCUUCGGAACAAAGCUGAAGAGUCAAGUGGCUGACUGUUGUUCUCAGUUUCCGCCCCCUAAAUCUAUCAAGUACGUUUCUGGAAUGCGGUCUCCACUCUGCUCAUCCAUGCUGCUGAUAAUCUGAAGCUUUUGGGGAUGGGUGGGUUGUUCCUUUACAAAGUUAACUGCACUAAAAGAAGCAUGUGUUCUGGUUCCGAAUACAGGCGUGGUGCUACUACAACCUAUUGUAGAAUCUGAGACUGAGUUUCUCUUGGGACGGUGUGAGCAGGUUAGGAAAGCUAAGGGCGCUUCCCAUUGCCGUGGUUGGCUGCCACUACCUAGGUCUGCGUUUGCUGGCGUCGGAAGGCCCUUAGAACCGUUGUGGAUGUCAGACAUCCCCCUUUAGUGUGUACCUUGGUGAAUGGCACACUAGAUUGGUGGAUGAUUGCCGUAGUGAUGGUCCUACGACCCUGGUGGGUGUGGUACAGGCGUCACUAGCUAAGUAGUGUCCGGGCGGGUGUUGGAGUAGCCCUAAAAACGGUACCGUCUGGAAGAAAUGUCUGUUCUCUCUUAUCGAUUGUUGCGUUUGACUACCUUUCGAAGGCUUUUUCCCUCCAGUGUGGAAGCUCGCGGGGAUUUGAGCCUUUGGUGUUUUCACUCGUUGUGUCUGAAAGCCUUUAUGAAAAACAACAAGCCAGAUCAAAAGUAUAUUUGUACAUUUAAAACGAUGUAAUAAUGCACACCAAUUAUUUUUGCUAACAGUAAAAAAAAAAAGAAAGAAAAAAGAUGUAGUCUAAAUAUUCUUAGUAAUACAUGUAUCGUUGUACGUUAUGGUUUGAAGGAAGAAAAAAAGAUAUUAUUAUUGCAAUAGACUGUUGACUUGUGUCACUGUAAAUGGUAUAAGUGUACAUUCGUGCGAACGGUCGUGGAAACUAGUGACGUGUCUUGAUGGUGACUGUCGUACUGUUAUUGACGGGAAGGUGGACCGCGAACCGCCACCGAGCAAACUGCUAGCACAUGUUGAAUGCUCAUUUUUGUAGAUGUUUAUUCAGAGAGCGAGAAACACGACAAAGCUGUAGUGCCGCGGCCCCUGAAUGUUCUCUGCUUUUUUUUUUUGUCCACCUGGUGCUGCACGCCUGCUCCUCAGCAGGGAUGGUGAUCGAUCCAACAGACUGGAGAUCUUAGACUCAUUUAACGUUGAAUUAGGUACCAUUCCUUUUUGUUUUUCUCCUGGAAUUUUACCCCCCGUUUCCAUGCUCCAACUGACCUAUGGGGGAUGUACUUUAAAGGACAACCACGAAGUUUGGUCAGUAUGAUUUAUUUUAUUUUUUUUUUGAUUCAAGCACGAUUGAUUCUGUUGGGCUUUGGGAGGUUCUCGUCGAUGCGGAAUUAAUUUUUAACCCACGCUGCCGACAUGUUUACAGGCCUCUGGUUGGCACAUGCGAGCUAGCAGAGGAACCUGAAAGAAGGCGCCUAGGCCAGUGAAGAGAAGUUGGUUCUUUUGCCAGGUUUUUAUAGAAACUUCAAGAAGUCUCCCUUUAAAGUGUAUUCCAUGGAUGUAAUAUCCACCAUGGAAGGUAGUAAACUGGUGCAAGAAGUCCACAGAAAGUGCCUUUCCUCUUGAUUCUCCUUUUUUAAGAAAAUGUUUUUCUCCCUCUCAAUGCGACACUUUCAAAAAUCCGAUAGUGUCUUGGACCCCUCGGUGUCGUUGACAUAGUGGAAUGCGUGUAGGGCGGGGAUCGGCACUACGCGGCUCGUGAAUGUCAACCACAGCACAGCACUUUAGAGACCGUCAUUCUCACUCAAGAGACGAGUUGGCUGGUUAAAAGAGCAAGUAAGCUGAGGGCGGACCCCACUAUCUUGGCCGCCGUACUCACGGGUGUCAAGGAGUUCUGGAUGGUCCCCGUUACGCUGGUGUGUGUACCACGGUCCUCACCAAGCUGAUGGCGCCCAGCAGAGCCGUGUAUAGCCCACUCGGUUUCAAAGUUGGGACCAAACAUGGUGUCCCGUAGUCAUGUGAGGGGCUUCCAACCAAUCAGAGAGAAUAUGGUCAGACGAUCUAUUAAAUGACUAGUUUAUCAAUCAAUAAAUCAAUGUUUAUUUAUUUAGCCCUAAAUCACAACGACAUCCUCGGUACAGAGCCCACAUAAGGGCAAGGAAAAACUCACACCCAGUUGGACGUAGGUGACAGUGACAAGGAUGACUAUAAGAAACUUUGGAGAGGACCGCAUAUGUGGGCAACCCCCCCUUAGGGGACCGAAAGCAAUGGAUGUCGAGCGGGUCUAACAUGAUAUUGUGAAAGUCCAAUCCAUAGUGGAUCUAACAUAACGCUAAGACUCCAGUCCAAAGUGGAUCCAAUAUAGUAGCGAGAGUCCCGUCCAUAGUGGAGCCAGCAGGAAACCAUCCCAAGCGGAGGCGGAUCAGCAGCACAGAGAUGUCCCCAACCGAUACACAGGCGAGCGGUCCAUCCUGGGUCCCGACUCUGGACAGCCAGUACUUCAUCCAUGGACACCGGACCUGUGUACCCCCCCGACCCAAAUCCACAAGGGAGAGGGGGACAGAAGAGAAAGGGGGUCUAUUUAAAGGCUACAAAUGAGUUUUAAGAUGAGAAGUGAAUUAUAUAUUUAUAUAGCGCUUUUUCUCUAGUGACUCAAAGCGCUUUACAUAGUGAAACCCAAUACCUAAGUUAUAUUCAAACCAGUGUGGGUGGCACUGGGAGCAUGUGGGUAAAGUGUCUUGCCCAAGGACACAACGGCAGUGACUAGGAUGGCGGAAGCGGGAAUCGAACCUGCAACCCUCAAGUUGCUGGCACGGCCACUCUACCAACCGAGCUAAACCGGUUGGUAAAUGCUUCUACUGAGGUGGCAUCUCGAACUGUUACCGGGAGGGCAUUCCAGAGUACUGGAGCCUGAAUGGAAAACGCUCUACAGCCCGCAGACAUUUUUUGGGCUCUGAGAAUCACUAAUAAGCCGGAGUCCUUUGAACGCAGAUUCCUUGCCGGGACAUAUGGUAUAAUACAAUCGGCAAGAUAGGAUGGAGCUAGACCGUGUAGUAUUUUAUACGUAAGUAGGAAAACCUUAAAGUCACAUCCUAAGUGCACAGGAAUCCAGUACAGGUGAGCCAGUAUAGGUGUGAUAUGAUCAAACUUUUUGAUCAUAGUUUAAAUCCCCUCAAGUGACUACAGGGGCGCCAUGUUCGGUCCCAACUUUGAAACCAGGUUGGCCAUACUCUCUCUGUACACGGCUCUGUCGCCCACUGUGUGGAAGGCAAGCACUACCCUGAUGGCUUUCGGAUAGCCUCCACUACCCUUGAGGGUGUGAUACACCCACCACUAGCCUUCCGGGUUUUGGAUUGUUCCACUAUGCUGAUGGGUGUCGAACUCAACACUAGCCUGUUGAGUUUCUGAUAGUCCCUGCUAUGUUGGUGUGUGUUGGUCCCCACUAACCUGAUGGGUGUCUGGUGGCUGCGCCAAGGGACUUCCUCGACUACCUUGGUGGUCGUCCCCCCCCCCAAUAUCCUUCCGGCACCCACUGCCCAGGUAGUUGUGGGACAGCCACACCUCGCUUGUUGGGGUUUGGAUGAAGCCCACCACCCUAGUCAUUGUGCGAUGGCCUUUAUCUAAUGACUAGAAGCCGGCCUCUGGCGGGAUUGGUGAAGAAAGGCUAAGCUUCCUCACCACGGCUUAAAAAACUACACCAGUUGUGGGCAUCUGGAAGUCAUGAAGGUGUUGGAAAGGCAGAAAAGGAGCUGAAGGACCAGAACCUGCGUCAGUAUUGGAACGGUUCCAGCUAGUGCAAUGUCUCGACCCCAAGGGAGGCGGGACCAGGUCCCCUCUUCCUCCCCCGUCUUGAGCCAGUAGGGUGUCGACUGAAAGAGCAUCUCUGUGGGUACCUCUUCAGUCCGGGGGGGUGUCAGCUCCUUAUUUCUAUUUAUUUUAUUUUUAUAGGGGAGUUCUCCAAAAACACUGCACCUCACUUACCUUGGUAUGCUGCAUCGUUGCGUUAUUAUACCACAUGCUUUUAUUAUUAUGACUACAUAUAGUGCUCGAGUAAUGCCUGAUAUUCUUAUAACUAUUUUAGUCUAAAGACAUAUAACUGUAAAAAAAAAAAAUAGAGAGAAAAAAAAAAGCAUUUUUGUCUUAACAGUUCUUUGUUUUUUUAUUUAGAUGUUUUGUUCUUGAGCCGACUUUGUUGUCCUAUUUAAAUGUGCUGUUGAAAUCUAUAUAAGAAGCCUAUAUAUGCGGAGUAUUUGAUGGCGUAUUUAUUGCGUGUCCCCGCCCCCCCUAGUCCUGGCUGGAGUCGGUAGCUCCUCCCCCUUCCAUGUUGGCGCCUUAUUCUUGCACAACAAAAUGAGUGGGAGGACCAGGGCGACCGUGUUCGAGCCCCGUGUUGACGUGUGCUGAACCCCGCUGAGGGCUGGUAGUCAGUCCGCAUGGCGGUUGCGUGCCCUGCUCUCAUUUCACUACAGCCUUAAGCGUCUUUACACUUCUUGUCCUUGGUCUACCCAGAAGAACGAGUCUGCCUACUUGAUGGCAUCAGGUUCAAACCAAUCAAGUCCACAUGGAAAAUUACAGAAAGGCCACAGGAAGAAAUUUGUUGGUGCGAGUCAGGCUUUAACUUUUGGUUAGCCAAUCAAAAAAGGGCAUUUUAUCGACCCUGAAAGCUCUAUUGCAGGGGUCACCAACCUUUUUGAAACCAAGAGCUACUUCUUGGGUACUGAUUAAUGCCAAGGGCUACCAGUUUGAUACACACUUAAAUAAAUUGCCAGAAAUAGCCAAUUUGCUCAAUUUACCUUUAAUAAAUAAAUCUAAAUAUAUAUUAAAAAAGUGGGUAUUUCUGUCUGUCACUCCGUCGUACAUUUUUUUUCGUUUUUCGUAGGGAAUAAAUUAUGAAAAAAACACUUAAUUGAAUGGUUUAAAGGAGGUGAAAACUUGAAAAAAAAUGAAAAUAAAAUUUUGAAAGAUAGUUUAUCUUCAAUUUCGACUCUUUAAAAUUCAAAAUUCAACCGAAAAAAAUGAAUAGAAAAACUAGCUAAUUCGACUCUUUUUGAAAAAAUUAAAAAAAAGAAUUUAUGUAACAUCAUUAGUAAUUUUGCCUGAUUAAGAUUAAUUUUAGAAUUUUGAUGACAUGUUUUAAAUAGGUUAAAAUCCAAUCUGCACUUUGUUAGAAUAUAUAAAUAAUUGGACCAAGCUAUAUUUCUAUCAGAGACAAAUAAUUUUUUCUUCCAGAUUUUCCAGAACAAACAUUUUAAAAGAAAUUCAAAAGACUUUGAAAUAAGAUUUAAAUUUGUUUCUACAUAUUUUCUAGAUUUGCCAGCAUAAAUUUUUUGAAUUUUAAUCAUAAUGGUUGAAGAAAUAUUUCACAAAUAUUCUUCGUUGAAAAAACAAGCUAAAUUGAAGAAUUAAAUGAAAAUGUAUGUAUUAAUCUUUACAAUAAAAAAUAAAUAAAAAUUACUUGAACAUUGAUUUAAAUUGUCAGGAAGGAAGAGGAAGGAAUUUAAAAGGUAAAUGUGUUUAAAAAUCCUAAAAUCAUUUUUAAGGUUGUAUUUUUUCUCUAAAAUUGUCUUUCUGAAAGUUAUAAGAAGCAAAGUAAAAAAAAUUAAUGAAUUUAUUUAAACAAGUGAAGACCAAGUCUUUAAAAUAUUUUCUUGGAUUUUCAAAUUCUAUUUUAGUUUUGUCUCUCUUAGAAUUAAAAAUGUCGAGCAAAGCGAGACCAGCUUGCUAGUAAAUAAAUAAAAUGUAAAAAAUAGAGGCAGCUCACUGGUAAGUGCUGCUAUUUGAGCUAUUUUUAGAACAGGCCAACAGGCGACUCAUCUGGUCCUUACGGGCGACUUGGUGCCCGCGGGCCCCACGUUGGUGACCCCUGCUCUAUUGGUUGCCGGGGCGAUUAUUCACAUUAACGGCCGUUAAUUGGAAGCAAGUAACUAAAUGUGACGACUCAUUCCGUGUACAGCAGGGAAGGGAUUCAUCUGGCCACAUUCCCGGUUUAAUCAUAAUAAUUUUUGCAAUGCAGUCAGCUGAAAAUGAUGGAAAGUGCCACUCUACAUAACAAUUGAUGCUGUGGCCAAAGUUGGAAUUGCUACAUAACACAAUCAUCAUUUAUAAAUACACUUAUAAGUCUUUAACUUGGGCACACACACUUAUUAGUAGCAGGCAUCAGUCAGGGUUUAUGACUUGUCAAAAAAUUAUGUUUUUAAAAUAGUAAUAGAAAAAUUGUAUUUAUUAAGUAAAACUAUUUCAUAUAUUACAAUUAUAAAUGAUCAUUUUUAAAUUAUAUUUAGGCUGAAAAUGAUGGCAAGUGCCAAACUUUUUUAUUUUUUAAUUUAAAAAAAUUAUUAUUAAUAAUUUAAACUCUACCUAAAAACUAUUACAUUUAUAAAUUAUUUUUAAUUGUUUAAUUAUAUUUAUGCAGUCUGCUGAAAAUGAUGGAAAGUGCCACUCUAUGUAACAAACGACUCCAUGGUCAAAGUUGGAAUUGCCACAAAACACAUAUUAAGAUAUUCAACACUCUACUGCCAUCUGGCCGCUAAAGUAGAUUGCACCCCCCUCCCCCAAUUUGUCAUGUUUCAUGUGUCAGGUAAAUCAUGACAAAAUGAGGGCAUAUUUACUGCAUGUUUCUCUCCCUGGUAAUAAAAAUAGCAAAUAUGAAACUCAUGAAUGCAAUUAAGUAUAAAAAUUGGAACUAAUUAAUUGAAUUGUCUAAUAUAAUCUUAAAUAACAACAAUUGUGGUUAUUCAUCACUCAUUUCAUGACUUUUACUUAAGGACACUUUUAUUUAUUUGAAGGCACUUAAAAUGUGUUAAAUACACCAGCAAUGUAAUAUGUGACAAAAAAAAAAUGUAAUACAAAAAUAUCAUACAUGUUGCCUACUAAUAAUUCCAUAAAUCAUUUCAUAUAUUAAUGUUUUAGUAUCUUGGUGAUUUAAUUGGCCUUAUAAGUAUUUAACUUGGGUACACGCGCACACACUUAACAGUGCAAAAAAAUGUUUUUAAUAAUAAAAUACAUACCGUAAUUACAUUUACAAAUUAUUUGUAAUUGUUUAAUUAUAUUUAUGCAGUCUGUUGAAAAUGAUGGAAAGUGCCACUCUACAUAACAACGGACGCUGUGGUCGAAGUUGAAAGUGCCACGAAAAACAUUUUAAGAUAUUCAACACUCCACUGCCAUCUGGUGGCUAAAGUAGAUUGCGCACCCCACAAGUUGUCACGUUUCAUGUGUCAGGUAAACCAUGACGAAUGAGGCCGUAAUUACUGCAUAUUUCUCUCUCUUCAAAUUACUUAUAAAAAAAUGUUAAUAAACUAAUGAAUCCAAUUGGGUAAAUAAAAUUUAAAAUUAUUUAUUAAAUUGUCCAAUAAUUAAGUUAAAUAACAUUGAAUGUGGUUAUUAAUACUUAUUUUCCAAAGAACUACUUUCAAUGACCAUUUUUAUUUAUUUAAGGAAAUUGUAAUCCAUUUUAAGGCACUUAAAAUAGUUAAAUACUCCAGUAAUGUAAUAGAGAUAUAUUUUGUAAUUUAACUAAAUAAUGAAUAAUUUCAUAAUUCAUUUUGUUAAUACUUAGUAUUUUAGUGAUUUAAUUGCCUUUAUAGUUAUUUCACUUGGACACACACCAAACAGUACUAUGUAUCAUUUAGGUUUUAGGAUUUAUAAAAAUGCCUUUGCAAAAACAACAAGUAAAUACAAAUUGCAAUUUUUUAAAAUACAUUUUAAGUAGUUUUUUUCAAAUUUAUUAAUGAGUAAAAGUUCCACCUCUACACUUUUAAAUUGAUACAUUCUUUACGAAUUUUAAAUUAUAUAUGUAUGUAUGUAUGUAUACAUACAUACAUAUGUGUAUAUAUAUACAUAUGUAAACAUGUAUAUAUGUAUAUAUAUAUAUAUAUAUGUGUGUGUGUAUGUAUGUAGAUAUAUAUAUAUAUGUAUGUAUGUGUAUAUAUAUAUAUAUAUAUAUAUAUAUGCUGAAAAUAAUGGAAAGCGGCACUCUACAUAACACCCGAUGCUGUGCCAUAGCUGAAAUUGACACAAAACACAUUUUAAUAUAUUCAGCUCUCUACUGCCCUCUGGCAGGCUAAAGUGUAUAGCGCACUCCCCAAUUUGUCACGUUUCUUGUGUCAGGUAAACCGCAACGAAUGGGGCCAUGUGAAUCCUUUUCCUGCUGUAAUAAUUUCUUUCUACUUUGCAAACCAAGGAAAGACGUGGCUCUCUGCCCACAUGUUGAUGAACGUACACAAUAAGUGUGUUUCAGUCAGUUGUAGAAGACCACUAACACUUCUAUUGUCCCAGCGAUCAUUGCCCAUCGACAACAAUAUUGUCAUUUUAAGACCAAAUGAAGCAUUGAAGUAAUUAUAUCAUUAACCAAAAUGGGACUUCAAUAAAUAUUGAACAUCUUCAAGUGUUUGUUUUUGUGGUCCCUUUUUUUGUUGCCGUUGCCAUCAACGUGGGCAGACUGGUUCGUGAUUCUCAUGCGGGUUGAAGCCCAAAUAAGUUUGGUCCCGCCUCCGCCCGCAGAGAUGACAAUUGUGAAGGACUGACAAGAGGGUUGACUUCAUGUCGAAGGCGUUAUGGAGGACUUGUUGUACUGUUGCUGUUGGUUGCUCCACACUUCUUCUACGUACUGCAGGGGUCAGCAACCUUUUUGAAAGCAAGAGCUACUUCUUGGGUACUGAUUAAUGCCAAGGGCUACCAGUUUGAUACACACUUAAAUAAAUUGCCAGAAAUACCCAAUUUGCUCAAUUUGUCUUAAAUAAAUAAAUCUAUAUAUAUAUAAAAAUGGGUAUUUCUGUCUGUCAUUCCGUCGUACUUUUUUUUUUCCUUUUACGGAAGGUUUUUUUGUAGAGAAUAAAUGAUGAAAAAACACUUAAUUAAACGGUUUAAAAGAGGAGAAAACAGGAAAAAAAUGAAAAUAAAAUUUUUAAACAUAGUUUAUCUUUAAUUUCGACACUUUAAAAUUCAACCGAAAAAAACAAGAGAAAAGCUAGCUAAUUUGAAUUUUUUUGAAAAAAAUGUGAAAAUAAUUUAUGGAACAUCAUUAGAAAUUUUUCCUGAAUAAGAUAAAUUUUAGAAUUUUAAUAACAUGUUUUAAAUAGGUUAAAAUCCAAUCUGCACUUUGUUAGAAUAUAUAACAAAUUGGACCAAGCUAUAUUUCCAACAAAGACAAAUCAUUUUUUCGUCUAGAUUUUCCAGAACAAAAUUUUUAAAAGAAAUUCAAAAGACUUUGAAGUAAGAUUUAAAUUUGAUUCUACAGAUUUUCUAGAUUUGUCAGAAUAUUUUUAUUUUUAUUUUAAUCAUAAUAAGUUUGAAGAAAAAAUUCACGAAUAUUCUUGCUCGAAAAAACAAGCUAAAACGAAAAAUUUUAUUAAAAUAUAUUUAUUAUUCCUUACUAUAAAAAAAGAAUACAUUUACUUGAACAUUGAUUUAAAUUGUCAGGAAAGAAGAGGAAGGAAUUUAAAAGGUAAAAAGGUAUAUGUGUUUAAAAAUCCUAAAACCAUUUUUAAGGUUGUAUUUUUUCUCUAAAAUUGUCUUUCUGAAAGUUAUAAGAAGCAAAGUUAAAACAUAAAAAAAAUAAUUUAUUUAAACAAGUGAAGACCAAGUCUUUAAAAUAUUUGAGUUUUGUCCCUCUUUGAAUUAAAAAUGUCCAGCAAAGCGAGACCAGCUUGCUAGUAAAUAAAUACAAUUUAAAAAAUAGAGGCAGCUCACUGGUAAGUGCUGCUAUUUGAGCUAUUUUUAGGACAGGCCAGCGGGCGACUCAUCUGGUCCUUACGGGCGACCUGGUGCCCGCGGGCACCGUGUUGGUGACCCCUGCUGUACUGUAUGCUCGCUGUCAGCCGCUCCACACCAAAGUUUCCAACCUGGUGGAUGGAGCUUGCACUACGCCAAAUGCAGCUACUGCCAUCUUGUAUACUUGAUGAGGAAAAACCCAUAAGGAGGUUGCCUACAGCCGCGUCCUUUGACACUAAUGUUUUCGAGAGCCAGUCCUUCAUGCUUUUGUUGAAUCCAGCCAAGAAGUAGAAGGUUUGUCUACCUGUGCCUGUGUUGCAUACUUGCCAACCCUCCCGGAUUUUACGGGAGACUCCCGAAAUUCAGCGCCUCUCCCGAAAACCUCCCGGGACAAAUUUUCUCCCCAAAGUCUCCCAAAAUUCAGGCGGAGCUGGAGGGGGCGUUGCCUGUUUUCACAUCCGCUUUCCCACAAUAUAAACAGAGUGCCUGCCCAAUGACGUUAUAACUGCAGAAUCAGCGAGGGCGAAUUCUUGGUUUCUUAUGUGGGUUUAUUGUUAGGCAGUCUCAUUAACGUCCCCCCAGCGCGGUAACAACACACAACAACAGCAGUCAUGUUUUCAUCUACCGUAAAGCAGUUUGUCUGCCGUAAACAGCAAUGUUGUGACACUCUUAAACAGGACAAUACUGCCAUCUACUGUACAUGCAUAUGGCUAGAAAAACAAGGAUGGACAAUUCAACCCUUAAAACUCAAUGAGUAGAUGACUGUUAUGUGUGUGUAAAUGUGUAAAUAAAUGAACACUUAAAUUCAAAUAUUUAUUUUAUUUAUAUAUAUACACACACACACACAUAUAUAUAUAUAUACAGUAUAUGAAAUACUUCACUUGGUGAAUCUAUCUGUAAAUAUACUCCUCCCCUCUUAACCACGCCCCCCCACCUCCCAAAAUUGGAGGUCCCAAAGUUGGCAAGUAUGCUGUGUUGUGAAACAUCACUUUUAUUAUUAUUAUUAUUAUUAUUAUUAACACAUUUUAUUUGGUCAAUCUCGUCCCAAAGCCCCCUACUUCCCAGUUUUAAUUCGGUCUUCUCCACCCCAGCAGCAUUCCGACGACGACUUAGAACCAAAUAUUGCAAAAAGAGAUUAUCCGCCUGACGCCUGUCCGUCGCCAUGGAAACGCUGAUUGUUCCACACUCUUGUAAGCGUUUGCUUUUUGCAAGGUAGCAUUUCACGUCCCUCACAGCUAAUGAGGUGACCCCAAACCCCCCGACCCCCGCGUUAUUCAUGUCUGCCUUUGUUUUGUCUUUUUGUAACUUUUGUUGUUGUUUUUAGCCUUGCUUUUGCUUCUGUUUGAAGUGUAUGUUUGACUAAUACUUGCAAUAAAAUGCUUUGCUUUAA